AUGGCACUGUGGUGCUGCGCCAAAGUCUCCUGCAGGUUGGCUGCAGCGUGGUUUCCCCUGCUCUUCUCAUCCCUGAUAUGGCAAACGAUGUCCCCCGUACAUGCCGUCCCACCCUGCCCCCGGAGCUGCAGCUGUCCGGGAGUUAAAGAGGUCCACUGUACGUUCAGACACCUCACAACCGUACCAAAAACCAUCUCUAAAGAUACAGAGAGGCUCAACCUCGGUUAUAACAGCCUGACAGAGGUGGCGGGGUCAGAAUUCAGGUCACUUCGGCAACUGGAAAUGCUGAUGUUGCAUGGCAACGACAUUAGCACAGUCCACCCUGGGGCGUUUUACAGCCUGAGAUCACUACAGAUCUUGAAGUUGAGUUACAACAAGCUAAAAUCAGUGAACCCGGGUCUGUUCGAGGGCCUUGCUGGUUUGAUCCGUCUUCAUCUGGACCACAACCUCAUUGACUUUAUAGAGCCGUACUCCUUCUCCGGCCUGAGCUCCCUAAAACUUCUGCAGCUGGAGGGGAACCUUCUCAAAGAGAUCCACCCUCAUACCUUCAUAACGGUGUCGCUACUAGGAAGCUUUUGGACCUCUGGACUCAAACACUUACACCUGUCGGACAACCUGUUGGAGCAGCUUCCUCCCGCAGCGCUGAAGACAGCUCCCCGGCUUGAGAUCCUCUCUCUAUACGGUAAUCCCUGGACCUGUGACUGUCAGCUCCACUGGUUGAUAGAAUGGAGCGCCACACAUGAAGGCGUUAUAAAAUGCAAGAAGGAACGUGGCUCCAGUGAAACUUGCCCCCAGUGCUCCUCUCCUCAAACCCUGAAUGAGACCAUUUUACUCGAACUGACUCCAGCCAAACUUACCUGUGAGCGGCCAGCUCUUCGCUCGGCCCUCAAACAGUGGGACAAUCCUGUGUGGGCUGAGUCUGAAUCAGAGCCUGACCUUCCGUACACCCGUGACUUUGAGAAGCCUUUAGGCCAUCUGACCGUUGUUCUCUCUGACAGCCAUGGAAACAGUGCUCAUGUUGCAUGUGAUGUGCGACACCCUGGAGACAGUUCACCAAUGACUUGGAUAGUAAAUUCACAUUCACCUGGGGAGUUGUCCCUCAAUGUAUCACUAGGGACUGUCCUCGAGUGUGAAAUUGAUCGGGAGACGUUGCAAAAGCUAUGGCAAUUGGUCGCAUAUUACUAUGAAAGCCCUGCUAUCUUGGAGAGGGGUGAGCUGAAGGGAAAUGCAAGCGGAGUAACCUAUCAAUAUGUCCAAGCCGUAAAUGAAAAUUCCCCAUAUUUCACUGAAUUAAAAGGGCACUUAGUAGCAGAACCCUCAUGGCUGCUUCAACCAAGAGUCACUUUGAGGCUCAACAGACAGCAGACAACAACCAAGAAACUGGUGAUGGAUUUCACCACUGUAAUUACCAAGCACAUCAACAGCCAUGGAGGAUCAGACGAUGACAAUGACCUCGCCAUGUCCUGGGCUCUGAUUCGCAGAGGGACAACAGGACGGGUUCAGUCUGCUCUCGAAGGCUCAAAGGUUAAUUUGGAUUGCAGUGUUGUCACUUCGGAGCCAGACGUGAAAGUGGAGUGGAUGCUUCCAGAUUUGUCCAUUGUGGAAGAGGCAACUGAUAAAAUUGAAAUUUCUGAAAGAGGAGAACUUGUGAUUUUAAAUGCCACAUUGUCAGACUCAGGCCUUUACCAUUGUAUGGUCAGGACCAUAGCCGGUGUGGACUUGAUAGCUCUGAGGCUCACCAUCAAAGAACUCUCACUCAGCCCAACUGCUUUCAACGGUCAGAAAAUUGUAGUUGAAAAGGGACACUCUUUUUUUCUCCCGUGUGAGGUUACCUCAGUCCAGCCCAGUCAAACUAUGUGGUACCUGCCCAAAAACCAAAUUCUUCUUCCAACGCAACAGACAAGACGGGCAGAAGUCAUGGAAAAUGGGACUUUGGUGGUAAGGAGAUCGACACAGGAAGAUGCAGGGGAAUACACCUGCCUGGCCUCAAAUCUGUAUGGAGUUGAUAUGUUAUCACACCUGGUGGAAGUUACAGGAGGAGAAAAGGCCUCUCGUGGAUCCAAAAUACAGACUGUGAAAGAGCAGCAGAUUUUGCCAGUUGCCGUUGAGGAAGGAGAGGGUUCAGGGGGGGAUUACCAGGAAAUUAUACAACCUUUUGCUACACUGUUCCCUAAGAAGGUAGGAACUCAACAAAGGAAUCAUAAUGGGUUUUCAAAGAGGAUAAGAAUUAAAGACUCAAAGAGAAAACCCAAUAAAUCUGUGAAAGAAUUAGAUCCGAAUCGUUGGGCAGAGAUAUUGGCGAAAGCUAAUGCUAAACCAAAUGUUGAUCUGCCCACAGAGCAGUCACUUCCAGAGCCCAGUACUGUAACUAUCCAAACAAGUACGUCCAGACCCACUACGACAACUGCUACAAGAAUAUUUACUAAUGUUUAUAACUUACCUCCUAUUACUACCCCUCCUGAUAUGAGGAUAGCGCCAACUCAUUUCCCCAUUUACACAAAAGCUAAUACUAAAGCCUAUUCUACAGAGAAGAAAGGGGAUGACUCCGAGACAUCGGAAAGUCAGCCAAAGGUUUUACAACUUCCACAUCCCAGAAGUACAGAACCAACCCCACACCGUGUUGACGGGAUGGCAGAAAAAGCAGAAGCUGUCACAGACCCUCCUGCUGUUGGAACUACUCAGUCAGAAAGUAUGCACCCUGGAGAGGGUAGAAGGAACAACAUCCUCGUUCCUGGUCAUACGAACAGGAGAAGGCCUCCUUAUAGGCGUAGAAAACCCACAAUGAGAAGAGUCCGUCCGCACGGACACCCCAUCUACCAUUCAUCAAACACACAACAAACAACAGUUGUUCAAACAACCAUCCCACCAACAACACCAACAACUACUACUACGACUACUACAACUACUACUACGACAACAACACCUGUUCCAACCACAGUGGAAAACCAUGACAUCUUAUCUGCUGAAUAUCAGACAGGGGAAGAUAAAGGUGAAUACUAUGAAGAAUAUGAUGACAAGGAUAGUGGUAGUUUUGAUGCCAAGGAAGAUUUAAACAGUGAAACGCUUCAUGCCACUCAUGAUCUUGACAGUCGGCGUACCAUAUUACCAGCUCGAGAAAAAGAUGUUGGUAUUUCACCACCUAAUCCAACGACUAUUGUCACUUUAAAGCUUGAUGGUACUCCUCAUCAAACUGAAAGGCCUGUUGAAGAGAAGGAGAUAGACACUGUAAAGACACUAAAAGAAACUGAGAGACAGAGGGUGGAGAUUAGAACGCAAACUGAAGAAAAAGAGAGAGACAAUGAAGAUUUGGUAAGAGAGAGUCAAAAAGAGGCAAUAAGAGCAAGGGAAAGGGAAGAAACACACACAAUAGACACAGAAGGCAGUGAGAAAGACGCAGAAAAAUAUGAAACGGAUUGGGUUACACAGAGCUACAAUACACUGGUUAACAUCCGGUUAACCACACAAAAUAGACCAAGACUUAACACUCAACCCUCACCGGUACAAAAUACACCAACCCAAGCAAGAACUUCAUCUACCUCACAUUCAACAAGAGGCAGAGAAAAGGAACACACACAGAAUGGGGAUGAAGACGUAAACAGGCCAAAGGUGAAGCCUGAAAUCCACAGUUUCCCAGUAAUGGAGCCAGUUCACCCUUGGCUCCAUCAGAUGAAACAGGGAGUUGGGCAAACCACUGCUUCCAGGACAACACACACAAACCAAGACAGAAAUACAGCAUGGCAAGGCAAAGUAAAUCCGGGCAGGCAUUCCCAGCCUCCCAGAGUUCCCCCGACCUCCCGCUGGUCUUCACACCAUCGCUACCAUCCACUCUACCCUUCCUGGCCUGGUCAAGGGUCCUUUCCUCAUCAUCCAAGGCAAGGUCCUGGGUCCCACCCUGUGCCCACACACCAACCCUGGGCUCUCCCCCACCCCUGGGUUCAAAGCCCGGUUAUCACCAACCGACCAGAGAUCAUCGCAGAAGCAGUGAAGCCCACACCUACAUUCUCUGGAGCAACAGGAAAUUCCAGAGAUACACUCUCUAAUCCCCAUCUUGCACAUCAUCAUCACCAACAUCAAAACCACCAUGUGGAUGGCAGGACCCAAACCAGAGACCAAAUGUUUCUAUCAAGGUUGAGGAACAGAUACAGACAGACGCAGCUCGAACGCAUCGCUCAGUUAGGGAGGAUGGUGACACCUAAACCUCACAUUAGCUACCACAAUCCAUCCCCCAUCACACCUGAACCCAACCCUUCAUCUUUACAUAGACCGUACACCCCUAAACCACCAGCACCCACUGCUUCUUACAUUUACAAGCUGCAACCUCUGAACCCUGCUAAACCUUCAACAGCAUCAUUCUCUAGUUUUCACACCACCCCUGGUGUACCGUAUGGAGGUCGGUGGCCUGUUGGAGGUAAGUGCCCUUUUUGGCAAUCAGGUGGUGGGCUGAAGCCCCGUAUUACCACGCUGAACACAGCUAGUGUGUCAGUACUGGCGGAGAGUGAUGUGUUCCUACUCUGCAAAGCUACAGGGAAUCCUGAACCCAAUAUUGCAUGGACCAAAGUCUCCACAGGUGCCACCAUCCCAGCCAACACCAAGCAUGGUCCCCGUUUUGAAGUCUUUAAAAAUGGUACUUUUGUCAUUAAAAACAUCCAGCUCCAAGAUAGAGGCCAGUACCUCUGCACAGCCCAGAACAGCUUUGGAUCAGACCGCAUGGUCAUCACCUUAGCUGUCCAGACUGAGGCACCAAAAAUCCAGGCACCCAAGUCCACAGAGAUAGCAGUCUACUUUGGGAAAAGUGUGACUCUUGACUGCCUCGCUUCGGGUAAACCCCCUGCCCAAAUUUCCUGGAUUCUUCCGGACAGGACGUUUGUGCGUGAAGUCGGGGCUGUCCAUACUCCCCUUUCUCCGAUGUCUCUGCUUCAAAAUGGAACCCUGCAAAUUCACUCUCUCAAUUUCUCCACCAAAGGGGACUAUAAAUGUAUCGCAAGCAACGCAGCAGGUGCUGAUACAAUCACAUAUCAUCUCCAUGUGGCCGCUCUGCCUCCAAGCAUCAGUGAAGGAGCAAUGGAUACUGUGAUCAUUCAACCAGGCAGGAGUGUGUAUGUUCACUGCUCUGUGAAGGGCGAACCGGUGCCUGCACUGAAAUGGACGCUCCCAGGAGGCGACCAUGUAAAACCAUCACAGUUUCUUGGACGCGGGCUGUUUGUCUUCCCCAAUGGGACGCUGUAUGUGAAGAAUGUUUUACCAGCUGAUGCUGGGAGGUAUGAGUGUUUGGCCACUAACGCUGUAGGCAUGGCCAAAAGAACUGUCCAGCUGGAGGUGAGGACAAAUUCCCCCUCCUUCUCCCGCCAGCCUCCUCCUCCUCUUCCCAUCCCUCCAACCCAACGCCAUGGUGUGCCGUCCCGGCGACACUCUGUCUCAGCUAUGUACGGAUCUGCUGUGUUUCUCCACUGUCCAGAGUCUACUCCAUCCACAAGAGGGACCAUCUGGCAGCUACCCUCCAAGACCAUCAUGGAACAUCGAUACAGUCCGGAGAGACCAAUUAAAGUUUUCCUAAAUGGGACUCUGAGGAUACUUCAGCUAACAGAGCUGGAUGGGGGACAUUAUCUGUGUGUCUUUCAGCGGCCCAAUGGGGAAGACAUGGAACUCUUCCAGGUGGAGGUGUUAAUGACCCCUCCAAGAAUUGAACAUGUGAGAACUGCACAGACCAGGGUCACCUUUGGAGAACAUAUUCAGGUGGACUGUGUUGCAACAGGUCUCCCUGAUCCAGAAGUUACUUGGAGUCUCCCAGAUGGAACUUUAAUCAACAAUGCCCUUCAAUCAGAUGACAGCGGCCUUCGCAACCGCCGCUAUGUUAUUUUUGGCAAUGGGACUUUACUUCUCCAGCAAAUGGGCAAAAGAGACGAGGGUGACUACACUUGUUUUGCCAAGAAUAAACUUGGCAAGGAUGAAAGAAAAGUAAGCGUCAAAGUGGGACCGAACGCUCCGAAAAUUACAUUGAAAUCCCAAUCACUGGUUACAGUAAAGUUAGGAGAAUCAGCUAAGUUGAGUUGUCACGCAACAGGUCAACCGACACCAAAAAUCAUGUGGAUCUCACCCAGAAAUUAUGUGAUAUCUUUGUCUUCAGACAAAUUUCAGGUCAUGGACGAUGGGAUGUUACUGGUGAAAAAAGUCAUACUGGCCGACGAAGGGAAAUAUGCAUGUGUGGCAAGGAAUUCUGCUGGUGAUGAUGUCAAAAACAUUAAACUUGAAGCUGAACUCCAAGAACCCUUUAUUAAUGGUAUGAAAGGGAGGAGCACCACAAAGGUCUUGGCUGUUUCUUACCAAACAGCGCUUCUGGAUUGCAGAGUGGAAGGGAAACCCGAACCAAGAGUCUGGUGGGUUACUCCUUAUGGGCAUUCCCUCCCAACACCCUACCUUGGCGGUCGCUUCCAAGUCCACCGGAACGGGAGCUUGGAGCUGAGAGGGGUGAGGAAAACAGAUGAAGGGGGCUACAUGUGUCUGGCCAAAAACAAUCUGGGUGAAGCAUCACUUGUGGUUGAAUUAGACGUGGCAUCAAUUGCCGAGAAACCCAUUUUUGCUGUUCCCAAUAUUGAAAUCUUACCAAUAAAGCAAGACGGUGGAGAAUUGAUUCUGGAAUGCCCCGCUCGUGGCAAGCCGAACCCAGAGUUUGCAUGGGUUCUACCCAACGGAACAAUGUUAAAGCCUGGUGUUAGACUCCAACGCUUCACACAUCAUUUGGCUAAAGGAACUCUACACAUCUCUCAUCCGGUUGCAAGUGAUAAGGGAGUGUAUCGUUGCCUCGCAAAAAAUGUGGCAGGACAAGCAGAGAAACGCUAUGCGCUGGAGUCAGGCAGAAAGCCAGUGAUUAGAGGAUCUACAGGUGGUAUGAGGAUCACUUACGGCCUUAAUCUCAAUUUGCCCUGCACUGUGGACGGCUGGCCGCAGGCAUCAAUCACAUGGACCCUACCUAAUGGUCUUGUUUUGGACAAACCUCAAACUAUUGGCCGGGUAUUUUUUUUUGCCAAUGGGACCCUCCAACUCAGGCAGGUGGCCACCUUCGACAAAGGAACAUACAUCUGUAAAGCCUCCAACUCUUUCGGCUCGUCAACACUGUCCUACCCGGUUGCAGUCCUGGUUUUCCCUCCACGUAUCACCAAUACGCUGACCUCCAUUACAAGGGUCAACCGGGGUUCACCAGUGAAGUUAAAUUGUGUGGCGACUGGUAUUCCCAAGCCGGAUAUUUCGUGGACGUUGCCUGGACGCACAACGCUGGUUCCACAUAACCGGUUCACAGUGCAGGGAGGGAUUCACAUGACAGAAGAGGGCAGUCUGGUCAUACAGAAUCUAAUGCUCAUGAACUCUGGCAUAUACAAAUGCAACGCCAAAAACGCACUUGGCACAGACUUUAAAUCUACUUACCUACAAGUGGUCUGA